GUUAGCAGUCCUUUCCGUUCCGACCACCUCCUCUUCCCGGUGCCUUGUCUAUGCAGCGGCCCACGUGUGGAUAUAAUUCGAUUUUUCCUUCUAAGUUAACAAUAAACAUUUGGACCAGAUGUCGUCGCCUAUCGAGCAGAUGAGGACGAACGUGGGGAAGCUCCUGCGGGGCAUCGACCGGUAUAACCCAGAAAACCUUCCAACACUGGAGCGCUACGUGGAGACACAAGCAAGAGAAAAUUCUUAUGACCUGGAGGCAAACCUGGCUGUCUUGAAGCUGUACCAGUUCAACCCCGCCUACUUCCAGACUCAGGUGACCUCACAGAUUCUGCUGAAGGCUCUGACCAACCUGCCACACACCGACUUCACUCUCUGCAAGUGUAUGAUUGACCAGACACACCAGCAAGAGGAACGCCCCAUCAGACAAAUCCUGUACCUGGGGAACCUGCUGGAGACAUGCCACUUCCAGAGCUUCUGGACGAGCCUGGAGGAGAACAGGGAGCUCAUCGACGGCAUCACUGGGUUUGAGGACUCUGUUCGUAGGUUCAUCUGCCAUGUUGUGGGCAUCACCUACCAGACCAUUGAGCACCGGUUACUGGCUGAGAUGCUGGGAGACCCACUCGACACGCAGGUGAAGGUGUGGAUGAACAAGUACGGCUGGACCGAGAAUGAGGAAGGACAGAUCUUCAUCUUCAGCCAGGAGGAGAGCGUCAAGCCCAAAAACAUCGUGGAGAAGAUCGACUUUGAGAGUGUAUCCAGCAUCAUGGCUACAUCUCAGUGAUUCAAACACACUCGUAUGUUGUCAUAUUACACACCAGUCACAGCAGAUUCAACCAUUUGUCUUCAAAAUAAAACUUUUCUCAAUAAAAGUAAUUUAUCAAUUCCA